CCCGCAGCGGCGCAGGCGCGGCCGCCGGAUCCCAUCAGGCUCGGGGCGGCGGGAGCGCAGCGGGCCCAGCAUGUCGGAGAAGAAGCAGCCGGUGGACCUGGGGCUUCUGGAGGAGGACGACGAGUUUGAGGAGUUCCCGGCCGAAGAUUGGACUGGUUUAGAUGAAGAUGAAGAUGCACAUGUCUGGGAAGACAAUUGGGAUGAUGACAAUGUAGAAGAUGAUUUCUCCAAUCAGUUAAGAGCUGAAUUAGAAAAACAUGGAUACAAGAUGGAAACGUCAUAGUUUUUGCAGAAUAUGGAGUGGCUUAACAUGGAACUGUGGAUAGACUAUAUUGAGAAAAGAAGAAAAGGUGGAAAAUGAGAAGACACACCUAGUUCAUUAUCUGCUUGGAUUUAUUAUUGUUUUGUAUAAAAAAUAAAGUUUUUAAUCUUAGCCUUGUCAUACAUUCAGCCGCUACUCACCUGGUACCUUGUAGUUUGGUUCUGAAAUGCCCUGUGUGACAGAAUUCAUGGACUUGCCUUGGAUGCCACUAAUGAUCUGUCAGUGGCUGACGAUCUUGCACCAGCUUCUGUCAUGGGGAGCUAAAUAUGUGUAACUAGAAUGAAGACUGUGAACAUUUCUGUCACAGGGAAUGUGGAGGUGUCAAAAAGAAAUAAAAUACUGGUAUAUUCCAAUUAAAAUGUGGUAGAGAUAGCAGUUUUAAGGAGUGAUAAAGCUUGUUUUGCAUCAACACUUUAUUUCAUAAUUACUUGGGUAUUUUUGUUAGUAAUUUCAUGUGGAUGCUGGUUUGAUAGACUCAAAACAUAAAACCUGCUUUAAAGUGUCCUAUGACAGCAGAAACCCUAACUCUCCAAUCUGGUCCUGUCAUUUCUCAGAUCUGUUAACGAGGACACCUCUCUGGAGGUGAAAGAAGUUUAAGCCUAGGAGUCUCUGCUGAAAUUGCCUCCAAUUUGCCGGUUGCAGCAGUUCAUGUGUAUCACACGAACAGGCCUGCUGAAAACGGAAAUCAAACUUCCAACUCGUUUCACAGAGGCCAGCAGAUAGUUGCCAGGUAGAUAUGGCAGUAGUGACUGGAUUCGAUUACUCUCUGAACUAGAAAACAAGGUGAAAAUUGCAAAACCUAUGACCGCUUCCAUGAAUCUUCCCCAAAGGAGCUGUUCAAGCUGGUGUUUGUAAAGACAGAGGGAGAUGUAGCCAUGAUUCCAAAUUUAAUUUUAUUUUUUUUUUUUAAAUAAAGAGGCAACUAUAGUUACAUACUAACAAUUUGAAUUAGCUGCUUGCUUUUUCAGCAGUUCACUAGAGAAGCGGAGCCUUAAUUGUUAUUUAUAGUGGGCUUUCAGAAUAAAGGUAUUAGUUGAUGGACAUGCAGUUAUGGUAUUAAAUGCUUUAACCUUGUUAACUAAAUAACCGAGUCUCUUAUGUUAUAAUGGCAUUUAUUAAUGCCAGAUUAUUAGGUGGUGCUAUAUUAUAGUGGGGGCAAGAUUCACUGUGACCCUUACUGCUUUCUGAAGAUAAUUCUUUAAAGACUGAGACCUUCCAUUGCCAUCUGAAUGGUUCUGCAAAACUAGAUGUUUCAGAUGGUGUUGGAUGUUGUCAGUUUGUCCAGUUCUGUGCUGCUUGGGAAAAGAAAGGGAGGCCCUUUCAAGUAGGCUUACCCUAGGGUCAUUUAAGUUGUUCACAUUGAAAUGUGUGUCUCAGGCAGCCCAACUCAGUAGAAUACAUAGUCCUAGAGUUCAUAUUUUGAUAAGUAGGAAAUGAAAAGUCUGUCUGUUGAGUGGCAAAUAGCAACACAAACAUCCUCAGGUUAGUGUUGAGAGUUUAAGAAUAAAGUAUGUUGAGUACAGUUCUGGGAUUAUUAAUGCAUGGGUACUGGGAAGUUGAGUAAUGCGACUGACCAAAAGAGGAUGACAAAAUAAUUACGGAGAUGUCUGGUGCAGUCUGGAGAGGGACAGCUGCUUUCCAUUACAGGAUUUUGGAAACUUUACUAAAGCAGCCCUGUCCCAUCAAUUGCUAGCAGCAGGAGGAAGCCAUGGAGGUGGAAAAGCAUCUUUGCCUAAAGAAAUCUUUGUUUUUUCUGAGCCACAGUUGUGUUAGUAUCUUUUUCUGCUUUUUUCACAAAAGCAGAAUUGGAAGGAAAGCCUAGGCUGAGGUAGCCUGAUGGCUCUGCACUCUUGCAGUAACAGCCUUCAGCUGCUGGGUUAUGAUCUGAAACCUGGUGUUUUAGAAGGAAGUUGAGGUGAUUGACCAGGAUGUCACUGUAGCAAUUGACCUCAAUGUACCUGCUGUUCAACCUUAGAAGGAUCUAAUCUUCCCAUAUGGGAAGAGUUUUUUAGACUGGCCAUGCUGAGAGGUUUUCUUUGGAGGUGUUCCAGUGAUCCCUAUUAGCAGAGGAAUGCUUGGAGUGGGGGAGAUAGGAAUGCUUUGGGGUUGUGAGGGAGGACACACUAAGCGAGGACAAGGAGUUGGAAAGGAAGAUCUGCAGCCUGGCAAGGGUGGGAACAUGGCGAAGAAAGAAAUUUAACAAAGAUCUGAGCGAAGAAGAGGUUGGGCCUUCUAGUUAAGGAAGUAGGAUGUGGGGGGGUGUGUGUGGUGGUGGCUGGGUGUAGGCUGCUGAGUAGUCUGUUCACUGUUUUGGGAAGCAGAUUUAGGUUGAUGUCACCCUGUGCUUGGGGACCUAUCCUCCUCUCAGCCAAGUGGUGGGACUCUUGGCCAGUAUCUUUAGUCUGAGCCAUGCUGGGAUAUGUAGCACGUGUCUACAGCUCUCCUCUACAUGAAGGAGAGGGUGUUUUGCAGUGUGGGAAAGGUUGGCUUGCUCUGACCUAGAUGCUGAGGAUGUCUCAAGGCAAAGCACUGUUCAAGUAACUUGGAGGAAAGCUCUGGAAGGUUCCUCAUUGCCAAUGAAUUUGAUGCUUUUGCUUUGCCUUGGUCCUUAAGAAACCACACACACAUAAGAAGAAAUGCAAAGUCACAAAUAAGCACAAAAAAUAGUGAGCAGUCCAAAGUAAGGCCUCUGGAAAGCCUUCAGUUGAGCUCUUUUGUUUCAUAAUAGCCUUCCUCUGGCCCUCCCUCUCUGCUAGCUUGCUCAACAGCACCAACAGCUUCCCCACAUACUUCUGCUCUAGGGUCACAGUGUGUCCUGUUCCCCACUUCCUGAACUGUGUCCACACUGUGCUGUACAGAAUAAGUGUGGGUCCCCAUACUGCAGCAGUCCGUGUAUUUUGCAAAUGCUCUAAUACAUUUUCCACUAUCCCUGGGAAAGGGAGAAGUGUUUUCCCCUUUUAUAGUGUACAGUAAUUUUAAGUGCUUGGUGUGAGACCCCAGGACCUCAUCUUUCGCUGGGUUUGGUAGUAUAUGAAAUGCUCUGCUCAUUCAAAUGUUUCUUUAGCUUCAGUUACUGCUGUGCAUAUUCAGCAUUUCUAAGGAUCAGGAUUUAUGGGGUACCAAGUCAGCCACCCAGAAAAUGAAGAACACACAUUAUAACCUUUGCAGCUUCUGUAAAGAAUGAGGCAAGGACUCCACAAGUGGAUACCUUUCCCUGCUAGCUUUUUCUUGAACCUUAUUUUUUCUUAUCCUGUUUUUUCUUGAACACUAAUAAGGAUUAAUAAGUCCCCUGAGGGAUAGGGUGCAUGUAGGAAAAUAAUGAUCAUAAAAUUAAAGACUAUGAAAAUACAUAUGUAUGGAAAAAGGAAUUUAUAUUGCACAGAGUUACAGUUCCAGCAUUUCUUAUCUUUUAACUGUCUGACUUUACAGACCUAAUAAUAAUCUUUUAAUGCAGGUAUGAUUUUGUGUUUGCAUAAUGAUACAGCUAAAUUUGAUUUAAUUUCAAGGCAUGCAGGGAAGUAAGAAGAUUGAUGCCCAGAAAGUUUCUGUGAUGGAAUUUUACUAAAGAAUAAAUGUUAUGUAACAUUUCAAA